CCUAGCUUAUCAGGUCAGGUGCCGACACACAGAAUAUUCACUUUUCCUUCACACAGGUAUGGAGAAGGGAAGAGUGUUCUUAUUCUUGCUGGUAACCCCCAACUACUGCUUUCCUAUGCUGAAGGACAACGGUUUAGAUCUUGAAAAUAAGGCAAUUCUCUAUGACGAAGCAGCUGCGAAGGAAGCAGGAAUGAGAGUAGCUGCCUGGAGGAACGACAGCGAAGUGAACCCAGAAGAACUGGGUCUGUAUCUGGAAGGCGACAUUAAGACAAGUAACUCGCGCAAUGGACUCACAGCUGAGACCACGCGCUGGCCUGGAGGAGUUAUCCCUUACGAGAUAGGAGGCUACUUCAGUAACGCUGACUUGGCGAUGAUCAAUAAAGCGAUGGAGGAGUACCGCAAGAAAACAUGCAUCCGAUUCGUACCGCGACAACGCGACCACAGGGACUACCUGUUCAUCACGAGUGAACGGACUGGCUGCUGGUCCUCAGUGGGGCGCAUCGGGGGCCGUCAGGAAUUGAAUCUGCAGAGCCCCGGCUGCCUGACCACUCUGGGAACCCCAGUUCAUGAGCUCAUGCACGCUGUGGGCUUUCUGCACGAACAAAAUCGCUAUGAAAGAGACAAAUACGUCACCAUCCAUUGGGAGAACAUCCAGCCAGGCCGUCAGAAUAACUUCGAGAAGGCCAAAAAGGGUGUGGCAGAUGGGCAAGGCGUAGACUACGACUACAGGAGCGUCAUGCACUACUCCGCUGGGGCUUUCUCCAAGAACAGCAGACCCACCAUAGUGCCCAAAAUCUCUGGUGUUGAAGUUGGCCAGAGGAAGGGUUUCAGUCGUGGGGAUGUACAGAAGAUUCGUCACAUGUACAAGUGUUCACAGCGUCGUCCAGGCGCUUGA